UCACAGACCGACACGUAAGAACCGCCGGGAUUCAGUUCCGUGUUGUGGGCGGUGACGUCAGCAGGUCUUCGCAACGAGUUGCUCAACGCCGGAAAAUGCGGCGCUUCCCCUCCCCCCGGCCGGCAGCAGGACGCCGCGCCCGCUCCGGUUCUACCCAGCGACGCGGAGGAACGCGGAAUUAGGCGGUGACGCGAAGCCCGGGUUCGUCACCGCGGGUCGGUACCGCAGCAACAUGAACGGCACGACGACCUCGUCCACUUACAUCCGCGCUCUGAACUACGGCACCCUGCGGAAGUUGUCCGACUUUCUGGACCCCCAGCACCGCUGGAAAGACGUGCUGGUCUCCGUGCGGAGGAGCAACGGGGAGCCGAGGUACUCCCAGCACCAUGUGAGGAGAUUCGAGGCCCUUGUCGUUCAAGGGAAGAGCCCCACCAUUGAACUCCUGCAGGACUGGGGGACUGCCAACUCCACUGUGGGGGAACUGGUGGACAUCUUAAAGAGCCACAAGUUAUUUGCACCCGCCAGGGUACUUUUACCUGAAGAAAAGUUCAGUCCACCAGAGAGAGAGCCCAUCCGCUCGGCGCCGCAGGCAGAAGGCGGCCUCGAGACGGCGGUCCUGCAGGGGACGGAGAGACGGUCUUUUCCUGACGCUCCCACUUUACCACUAGAAGAUCCACGAGGGAGAAGUGAACCAGAGCCCACAGGAUGUCUAAGUUUCACCUACCAAGAACUGAUGGAAAUCACAGGCAACUUCGAUGACCGCCCGGUGUCGUGCGGCGGAAGCAGACUGGGGGAGGGAGGCUUCGGGACCGUCUACAAAGGCUUCGUCAAUAACAACCCGGUCGCUGUGAAGAGGCUCAAUGACAUGGAGGACAUCGCGCUGGAGGACUUACGAGUUCAAUUCAACCAGGAGAUCCAAACUCUUAAAGUAUUGAAACAUGAAAACUUGGUGGACAUGGUUGGCUUCACCAGCGAUGGACAGCAGCUGUGUUUGGUGUACAGCUUCAUGGCCAACGGUUCUCUGCUGGACCGCCUAGACUGCAUGGAUAGUAGUCCUCCACUGUCGUGGCUGCAGAGAUGCUUGAUAGCGGCGGGGACAGCACGGGGACUGGAGUACCUGCACAGCAACCAUCAUGUUCACAGGGAUGUUAAAAGCGCCAAUAUUCUGCUAGAUGAAAACUUAGUGGCGAAGAUCUCUGACUUCGGGCUGACCAGAGCGUCGGCCAAGAGGACGUCCACGACCUUCAGGACGGAGCACAUCAUUGGGACUCGCGCUUACAUGGCACCCGAGGCUUUGAGGGGUGAGAUCACGCCGAAGUCUGACAUCUUCAGCUUUGGAGUGGUGUUGUUGGAAAUACUGUCUGGACUCCGGCCAGUCGAUGAAAAGCGUGACCCACAGUUCCUGAUAGAGCUGAGGUACGAUAUAGACGAUGAAGAUGAGGACCUGACACUGGAGGCCUUUAUGGACGAGAAGAUGAAGGACUGGGAGCUGUCCCAGGCAGAAGGCGUCUACGCCAUGGCCUGCUGCUGUCUGAUGGAGAGGAAGAGCAGACGGCCUGCCAUCAAGCAGGUCCUGGCAGAGCUGGAGGAGGUUGUCAGAAGCCUCUCGGUGCAUCGGGUGCAGGAAAGUGACGCGUAAGCCAGCGUGUGCAGACAGAGGAUCCCUGUGAGCCCAUUCCAGAUGCUCCAGAGCCACUUUCUGGUGCACGCGGCCAGUGUGUUUGUGGACCGUAGGAUGGUUAGGGCAGAGGCUGCAAUUCCGCUAUUUGGCAGCAGGGGGAGUGUCCCCAGAGUGUCCGCGUACUGAAAUGUGACCAUAGGCUUCACUCUGUAGCAGUCCCAGUCCCGGCUAAGCCCUCUCUUCCAGCAGUCCCAGUCCCAGUUAAGCCCUCUCUUCCAGCAGUCCCAGUCCCAGCUAAGCCCUCUCUUCCAGCAGUCCCAGUCCC